AUCCGAGGAGCCAGACGGGGGUAACUGUAGUUACCGGACCACCAUCAGCAGCAGCAGAGAAGGCAGGCAGGGAGAGACGGGGACUGAGAAGGAUCAUCAGCAUCCCAGGAGAGACAGACACGCAGUGACAAGAUGACCCUGGCAGCCUACAAAGAGAAGGUGAAAGAGCUCCCGCUGGUGUCUCUCUUCUGCUCCUGCCUGAAUCCACAGACUGCAGAGAAGCCUACAUACAAGGCAGAGGAUGCGGUGGACCUGGGAUGGUGCGUCAUCAAGGACGUGGAGGUGAUCGAGCUCAACAAGCGGGCAUCGGGCCAGGCCUUUGAGGUCAUCCUCAAGCCACCGUCAUUUGACGGCGUGCCAGAACUCAACACCUCCAUGCCGCAGCGCCGUGACCCCUCCCUGGAAGAAAUCCAGAAGAAACUGGAGGCUGCCGAGGAGAGGAGAAAGUGCCAGGAAGCUGAGCUGCUGAAGCACCUGGCAGAGAAGAGAGAGCACGAGCGUGAGGUGAUCCAGAAAGCCUUCGAGGAGAACAACAACUUCAUCAAGAACGCCAAGGAGAAGCUGGAGCAGAAGAUGGAGGCCAACAAGGAGAACAGGGAGGCCCUGCUGGCUGCCAUGCUGGAGAGGCUGCAGGAGAAGGACAAACACGCGGAGGAAGUGAGGAAGAACAAGGAAAUGAAGGAGGAAGCCUGCCGGUAGAGGAGUGGCAUGAGGGAGUGGAGAUGAAGAAAAGAGAGAAAGCAGGACUGGGGUUUUUUGAGUCAUGAAAAAAAUCAAAACAGUGCAGGAAAAACAGAACUCAAAAGCAACUAAAACGGGGGGAAAAGGCGAGUUUUCAUAUUUGAUGUAUGCUGUAAUGAUGCUGAACAAGCUGUACAAACUUUAACCGAUUCUUGAUGUUGAAAUUUAGAAACAAAUCUUUUUCUCUUUUUUCUAAGGAGGGUGGGGAGAAGGGUUAAUGGCAAAUAAAAAGAACAAAAAAAAAAAUCACAGAAGAGUUUUAAAAGUUAAGGAGUCUGUGUUUGUUUGGAGAGCAGUGAAAGCUGCAUGAAAGCUGGCGGAGGUAAAAUUUUACAUCACGGCUCCCUUAUUUCUAUAUUUCUCAUUCAAUUGGGCAGCAACAAAUGAUAAUAAAUGAUACAUUAGCUGAGUCAUACAGAACAUGACUGAUAUGAGAAAGUGAGAGAGACUGAGCUCUAUUUUUUCACCAUUAGUGAUGGUUCAUCUCUCACGGCGUCACCAAAUCCCACAGUACACCAAAAGCUAUCAUCAGCCCACUGGUAGCAGCACAGCAGCUAUCAGACUUUUGGCUGUUUUGUUUCUGCCCAAUUACGCUGUAAUUAUGGAAAAGGGAACCGUAAUCAAAAUUGUUACCCCGAAGUGUUGUUGUUCAUGUGGAGUGUUGAAGAUUUGAAAGUAUGAUGUGAUGUGCAUGAGGAACUGGACACAGACCUAGUUAGAAGCCCGAUUCAGUCAUAACCAAUAAGAGUCAUAACCAGAAGUCUCAGGCCUCCUCAGCCUUUGAUUGACAGGGUACUUUCCAUUAGACACACACACACCCACAUACGCACACACACACACACACACACACACACACACACACACACACAAACACACACACACACACACACACACACACAAACACACACGUUGUCUCCAAAUUAAAAUUCAAAAUUCAAAAUGUAUUUCCCUAGUGCCACUGCUCUCACGUUAAUUCUUUGCUGCACUGUUUUAGGAUUGCAAAGUACCUGGGAACACCAAACAUUGUGUGGGUUAAAGCGCAGCAAUAUUCAGUGAAUAGUUUAUGAAAGUCAAAUGAAGAAUCAGGCCUGACUUUUGUGGGGUUUUUUUGUUUUGUUUUGUUUUGUUUUAAAUCACAGUGCUCUGCCGUGAAGUAAUAGAGAAACACACCGUAAGCUUGAAACACUAGAAGCUCUUGCUGUACUCUGCCAUUUACAGAAACCUUGUGAACUUUUAGAUCAUAAUUGUAGUGUAGUAGUAGAUCAAUGGACACCCAUUUGAGUCUCUUUAGGUUUAGAGCACCGACUGCACUCUGAGCUCAUUAAGCACAACUCGAAAGCACAUACGCCUAAAUGAAGUACAGUGAAGGUAUUUACAGACAACAAUAACAGAUGACAAUGAGGCAAACAUGAAAUUCAGAUUCAGAUGUGACACGUAAGAAUUGAGAGGUAGGAUUUUGGCUUUCCUGACUGGAUGGUUGGCUGCACUUUGCUUUGGCAUGUGUCACUGUACUCUGAUUGUCAGUUUGUGGUUGUAAGGAGAAUGAAAUGCCCAGAAAGGGAGAAAACAGAGUUGGAAUUUGCUUGAGUUUUUGAGUCAUACUGACUUGAUUGUGAUAUCCAAAAUGUUUGCACUGUAAUCGGGUAGUAACAUGGGGUUUGUACUUGCCGUAACUGUGUUGCUGUAUAUCUUAAAGGCUGGAUUGAUUGUAUCUAUUUGGCAUGGUCAGUAAAAACAGCUUGAAUUAACUCACAA